UUUAGAUUUGAGGACGCGAAAGAGUUCGCGCUGCGACAAUGAGUUCACCGGCAUCGAAGCGACUGCGAUUGUCGACAUCGAGGACCUCUGUCUCGGGUCGGCGACCGAGCGUUUCUGGAGGUCAAUCAUCGCUCCCACGUCCAACAUCUGCGACUGGGCACAGGGCGAGCAGCACGCAACCGACUUAUGAUUUUAUCUCAGGCGGCGCCUCUGACAAUCCUCUACCACCUCUGCGACACUCUAGACUGCGGCAGUCGUCCGUUACGAGGCAAGACCAUAGCCACGAUGAAAACCUGCGAGCCAAGAUCAAUGCUCUAGAAUACGAACUCAAGAAUCUCAACCAAGAACGCGGAUUGUUGGCUCUGCAGCAUGAUAAAGAACUUCGCGAGCAGCAGGCAAGGGCGGAGGCGGACUUCAAAAAAUAUCAGGCUGCGGAAGGUGCUGCACAAAAAGCAAUUCAGCGGCAAGAAGCUGUUGCCCGAGAAUUGCGAGAAGCGCGAGAUCAAUGGGCGAACGAAAAGACCACAUUAGAGCGAAAGCUCCGAGAUCUACAAGACCAAGCUUCGUCACACAAAGAGGAUGCCGAGGACGCCCAAGCACGGCUCGCCGAUGAAGAAAGACAUUACAGACAUCAGCUGGAUGACGUGGAAGGCAAACGUGUCGCGCUCCAAGAGACUGUAGACAGUGUGAAACAAGAGCUGGAAGAGUUGUCUGGGCAAUUUGACGCAUCGCAAGCGAGGUUGUUCGAACGGGAUGCGCAAGUGCAAAGUCUUGAAGCUGAAGUUUCUUCGCUCAAAUCGCACUCCUCGGAUAGUGAAGCACUGACUGUUCUGCAAAAUCAACUAUCCGACCAAGUUGCUCAUAUACGCAAGCUUGAACAGACGAAUAGAGAACAACUGGGCGAACUGCGGCGAUUGCGCGAAACACAGCGAAGUGUUCAAGUGGUCGAAGAGCAGAAACAUGGUCUGGAAAUUGAAAUCCAGGUCCUGAAAGACGUUGAGCGACAACUAAGCGAGGCCCAAAUACAGAAAGAAAUUCUGGAAGACGAGAAGAGGACGUGGACGAGCCUGUUGGAACGCGAUGGUGAAAACGAAUUCGAGUCUCCUGAGGCUGUUGUCAAGGCUCUUAUUCAACAACGAAUCGAAUAUGCAUCAGUAAUGGACAGGUUAGGGAAUAUCGAGAGCGAUUUGACCGAGAAGGACGAAAUCAUCAAGGCGCUGGAAGCCGAUAAAGCAUCCUUAAGAACCGAGGUGGACAAAGCCAAAGCUGCACAAGCUGCACAGACUGAGCCUGCCAGUGACAACAGAGCAUACAAGCGACUCGAUCGUCAACGAGUGCUUGCGGUCAAAGAAGUCGAGUAUCUACGCGCCCAGCUGAAGACAUUCGAUACCGAGGAAACAAUGUUGAUGGACAACCAGAACUUUGACGCGCAACGGUCAGAGCAAAUCAAACAGCUAGAAACUCUCGUCGAUCAAUACAAGGCUGAGGUGCAGAGUUUGCACAGUGAAUUGUCGAAACUUGAGACCACGCCUCCAACAGCCUCCAAGACGGAGGAGCUUCGAGGGACCAAACGAUCCGCUGAAUCGCAGGAGCCGGACGGCGAAAGCAAUGCGCAACUCGGGGCCCUUCUACGCAAGAAUAAGAAUCUACAGAUUGCAUUGCAGAAGACGGCCCAACAAUCUCAGAUGUUGGCCACGGACCUGCAAGCCACCAAAGCACAACUAAAGGCCUUACGGGAUAGUUCCAAGACUCGCAUACUGGAGCUCCGGGAUAAUCCUACGGCACAGGCUGAAACGAUCAAAAUGACCACUUUACGGACGCUGAAAGAAGAGAAUGCUGGUUUGCUGGCGCAAUUGCGUGGCGAAGACCUGCAGGGCAUGAAGGUUGUUCCUGUCAGCACCGUGGACGCCCUUAAACUCGAUCUUAAAGACAUGGAGAUGGUUGUCGCGGAGAAGGAGAAGCGCAUGAGACGCCAACGCGAGAUCUGGACGCAGAAAGCCGCCGAGUUCCGCGAUGUGAUUGCUAGUGUGCUGGGCUACAAGGUGAAUUUCCUCCCCAAUGGCAAAGCAAAAGUAUCGAGCAUGUACUAUGGCAGAACCCACGCUGCCGACGAGGACAGCGAUGAAGAAGAUGACGAGCAUUACAUCGUCUUCGAUGGAGACAAUGGUACCAUGAAGAUCAGUGGAGGUCCCGACGGUGCUUUCGGCGAGGAAAUUAGAGAUCUGGUGAACUUUUGGGUCAAGGAGAAGAAGCAAAUUCCCUGUUUCCUUGCAGCAAUGACUCUGGAAUUCUACGAGAAGUUCACCAACAAUAGCGGGAAGCUAGAUGGGUCUUGAAGAGGAUGAGUAUUGUAGUCUCCCUCGGUAUACAGGGGAUGUGAGAGAACCUACGUCUGAUCACUCAUUAUAACUUCCCUUAUGGAAUGAAUUUAGCAAGCAC